AGUGAAGCUGACACAAAUGAGACUUCCCUGAUGUGUGGGGGUUUGUGUGAGACUGACAGACAGAGAGAGAAAUUAGAGAAGGUAGUUGUGCCUGAGAGUUGUAGGUCUGUGUGCACCUUUGCAUUUGCUUGGCAUCAUUACCACCUGUCCUGCUGAAUGUCUAGGCUGGAAACAUCCAACAGUUCCCACCUUCUGGUCCUGGUCCAAGUCAAAGGGACAAGAGGGUUCUCUCCGGCUACAAUGAGUGAUGUUGUAAUUGUGAAGGAGGGAUGGCUACAUAAGAGAGGAGAAUACAUAAAAACAUGGAGACCAAGAUAUUUCUUACUCAAGAGUGAUGGAACAUUUAUUGGGUACAAAGAGCGACCACAAGAUGUUGACCAGCUGGAAACUCCACUUAAUAACUUCUCAGUGGCCCGUAGAAUGUCAGCUGAUGAAGACAGAGCGACCAAAGGCAAACACCUUUAUUAUUAGGUGUCUGCAGUGGACUACUGUUAUUGAACGCACUUUUCAUGUUGAGACCCCAGAGGAAAGAGAGGAGUGGACGAAGGCUAUCCAGGCUGUGGCAGAUAGUCUACACAAGCAGGAGGAAGAGAGACUGGACUCUUCACCUGACCCCAUGGACAUGGAGAUGUACCUGUCCAAACCUCGACUCAAAGUGACAAUGCAUGACUUUGAAUACCUCAAACUCUUGGGGAAAGGCACUUUUGGGAAGGUCAUACUGGUGAAGGAGAAAGCCACGGGCAAAUACUAUGCCAUGAAAAUUCUUAAAAAGGAGGUUAUAGUAGCAAAAGAUGAGGUAGCACACACACUUACUGAAAACCGGGUCCUCCAGAACUCCAAACACCCUUUCUUAACAGGUCUGAAGUAUUCUUUCCAGACUCAUGACCGAUUAUGUUUUGUUAUGGAGUAUGCAAAUGGUGGAGAGCUUUUCUUUCAUUUAUCACGAGAUCGUGUUUUUUCGGAAGAGAGAGCACAGUUUUAUGGGGCAGAGAUCGUCUCAGCCCUGGAUUAUCUUCAUUCUGAGAAAAAUGUGGUAUAUAGAGACCUAAAGUUGGAGAAUUUGAUGCUGGAUAAAGACGGCCACAUAAAGAUUACUGAUUUUGGCCUGUGCAAGGAGGGAAUUACAGAGGGAGCCACAAUGAAGACGUUCUGUGGUACACCAGAGUAUUUGGCUCCAGAGGUUCUUGAGGACAAUGAUUAUGGCCGGGCGGUGGACUGGUGGGGGUUGGGUGUAGUCAUGUAUGAGAUGGUGUGCGGCCGGCUGCCCUUCUACAACCAGGAUCAUGAAAAACUCUUUGAAUUGAUCCUCAUGGAUGAGAUCCGUUUUCCUCGUACACUUGGACCUGAGGCAAAAUCUUUGCUGUCAGGACUGCUUCAGAAAGACCCAAAGCGGCGGUUAGGGGGAGGUCCAGAUGAUGCAAAAGAAAUCAUGCAGCAUAAGUUCUUUGCAGGCACUGAGUGGCAAGAUGUUUAUGAGAAGAAGCUUGUUCCACCCUUUAAGCCCCAAGUAACCUCAGAAACAGACACUCGCUAUUUUGAUGUGGAGUUUACAGGGCAGACUAUCACCAUCACACCCCCAGGCCAAGAUGAAAACAUGGAGUACUUUGACAGUGAUAGAAUACCCCACUUCCCUCAGUUCUCAUAUUCUGCCAGUGGCACAGCAUAAAAACCCUUUAAAAGAAUUCUUGACCUAGAAUUUCUGUGAUCAUUUACUUACCCCCAUGUCAUUACAAAUCAGUAUAACUUUGUACCUUAUGUGAAACUUAAAUAGAUUUUUUUUUAUUAAUAUCCUGACAACACUUCAGUUUUUGGAGCUUGACAUCAUGUCCACACUACUGCAAAAGCUUCAGAUUGUCUACACUGACUGGAUGCAUCGAAGUGAAGUUCAGAUCCAUUCCUCCAGUUGUCAGAAGUAGCGGCAUUGCAUGGAGUACACCAAAGAUAGAAUGGGACAUCAGUUUACUGUUGGAUAUUGUUGUGUUGUGCAACGUCCAGUAGACAGCAUCACUAGUUAUAAGGUUCUGUUUGCUUUUGUGGUGACACAUCACAGCGCUUGUGUAGACAUGGCGUGACAGUCACCAGAUUUAGAACAAUAUGAGUUUAAAUAAAUGAUGACAGAAUUUUUAUUUUGGGGUAAACUAUUCCUCACUAAUAACACACACACACGCAGACUUUCUACACAAAUACACUCCCCAGCUAAUACUUAUCCAUAGCCAUUGCUGCACAAUAUUUAUUUUCAACA